CUCACCCCUGGCUUGUGUGGGUUUAACGAGCCGGCAAAAUACAAUUGUUUUUUAACUCCUAUUAUUGAAAUAACGGCAAUUAUGAGUCGCUCGGAGCCAUCUUUCGACGACCUGCGGUCCUACUUCCGCAGUCACAGCAAGAUCCGCGAGCAGCGGGCGCACAUUUCCAAGGUCCAUUCGGUGUUCUGGAAUGCCGAUGGCCGGUUCCUGGCCUCCGGGUCCUUUGACAAGACCGUGGCUGUGUACUCCUUGGAGCGGGAUCGUUUCCAAAAGCACCACACCUUCCGCGGACACACUGCCUCCGUGGACCAGCUCUGCUGGCACCGAACCAACCCCGACCUGCUCGCCACGGCCAGCGGGGAUAAGACAGUGCGCAUCUGGGACGUCCGCCAGGGAAAAUGCGCCUCGGUAAUCAACACGAAGGGCGAGAACAUCAACAUUACCUGGUCGCCGGACGGCAAGACUAUUGCCGUGGGCAACAAGGAAGAUCUGAUCACCUUUAUAGACACGCGCACCAACAAAAUCCGAGUGGAGGAGCCCUUCACCUUCGAGGUCAACGAGAUCUCGUGGAACAACACGAACGACCUGUUUUUCCUCACCAACGGCUUCGGGUGCAUGCACGUCCUCAGUUAUCCCAGCUUGGAGCACCAAGUGACCCUCAAGGCGCAUCCCGCCAACUGCAUUUGCAUUGAGUUCGGUCCCACGGGAAAAUACUUUGCCACCGGUUCGGCGGAUGCCCAGGUCUCCCUGUGGGAUGCACACGAGCUGGCCUGCCUGCGCAUGAUUAGCCGCCUGGAGUGGCCCGUUCGCACCAUAUCCUUUAGCCACGACGAGAAACUCAUUGCCUCGGCCAGCGAGGAUCUCAUCAUAGACGUUGCCUACACGGAGACGGGGGAACGCGUUACGGACAUCCACGUGGAGGCCUCGACCUUUACGAUUGCCUGGCAUCCGAAGCAAUAUCUGCUCGCCUACGCCUGCGAUGAGAAGGACCCAGAGCGACGCCGUGACGCUGGCAACGUCAAGAUAUACGGAUUUUCUGAAUAAACUAAUUAGAUAAGGCGAAGAAACACUUA